CUGCCAAUUCAGUCGCAAUCGUUCUAGCCAAGCUGUUUAUUAUGGUGGAAAGCAACGAAUGGCACGUUAUAAAAUAAACGCAUCGCUACGUAAGAAGAAAUACUUAGGUGUAGUUCUUGAAUUUUCGGGAAUGCUAGGAGGUUACUCCUGUCCUUCGUGCAUUGGACAGGCCGAUAAUCUGAAGGAGGAGCUUCCGAACGCCGGUUUCCGUACUGCACACACACUGCAGAAUUCAUAGAUCGUUCUUGCGGUAGAUGUUCCAAUGCAGUUCCCACGGGACUUCAGCAACGACAGGACAGAGACAUCGUGCCUGGUGGUAAACGCGAAGUCUUCAGUCAUGUCUUUAUGUGUAGCAACAUUUAAUUCCUAACUGCGCUAGCACCGUGGCCCCAGACUGCAGCACACCUGAGAGCAGUGACAGAGAAUGAGGACUGGGGCAGCAGUGGGGUGUAACCUGCUGUUCAUCCUGGUGGACGUUGUGAUCACCACUGUUCUCUACACACAUGGAUGCCAGCCGGUUGUGUUUGUGGAGGAUCUGCAGAACUUUGACAUCUUUCGGUCUGUGUUUGACCUGUGGGGGACCCUGCUGGUCAGGUCAUGCCUGCUGCUAGGAGCCUCCAUCGGGGUGUCGAGGAACAGUGCAGACGGACCCCGCAGGGUUUCGACCCUGGAGACGCUAAGCGACCUCUUAUGCCUUGUGGUCGUCACCUAUGCCCUGGUCAAGCUGCUGUUAUUCUCAGAGCAGGGGGCCGCCAUGUAUGACCCCUGGUUCCUUAGCUUGUUCUCCUGGACAUGUGGGUCGGCCAUGGUGACAAUGUUUCUGUGGAAGCUGUUAGCACGUUCACCCAGCACGGUGGUGAAUGGAGGGGGCUCUGAGGAGGUGGAGAGGUUGGUGGACCAAGUUGCCGAGCACAGCGGAGAAGACGAGGAAGAGGAAAUUGGUGAAAAGAAGAGGAGGAGGGGAAAGAAAAGGGGAAAGGAGGAGCCCCACUCGGGGGCGACAGUUGGCCGCCUUCUGUCCUACUGUAGGAGUGAUGCUGGGCUGCUCGGAAUUGCCUUCUUCUUUCUACUUCUCUCUGCCAUCUGCGAGGCCUUUAUUCCAUAUUACACUGGACAAGCAAUAGAUGGCAUUGUGAUUCACAAGAGCAUGGAAUACUUCAUCAAGCCCAUGGUUACCCUCACAGUUCUUGCCCUAGUCAGCUCAAUUGCGAUUGGAGUGCGAGGAGGUGUUUUCUCCAUCACCUUUGCCAGGUUAAACAUCCGUCUGCGGAACCUUCUCUUCAGAUCGCUAAUGCGUCAGGAGAUUGGCUUCUUUGACGCCAACCACACAGGUGACAUCACCUCACGGCUGACCGCUGACACCACACAGGUGAGCGACCUGAUCUCGGAGAAUGUCAACCUGUUCCUGCGCAGUCUGGUCAAGGGUGUGGGCUUCCUGUUCUUCAUGUUCGGCAUGUCCUGGAAGCUAACGCUCAUCACCAUCAUGGGCUUCCCCUUCAUAGCGGUCAUCUCUAAGGUCUACGGAGAGUACUACAAGAAACUGACCAAGGCAGUGCAGAGCUCUCUGGCAGAGGCCAAUAAGCUGGCAGAGGAGACCAUAUCAGCUAUGAAGACGGUCCGUAGCUUUGCCACCGAGGAACAGGAGGCUGAGGCCUACUAUGAGACUCUGCAAGACAUGUUCAAGCUAAACAAGAAGCAAGCUCUGGCCUAUGCCUGCUAUAUGUGGUCCAGCUGUAUCUCAGAGCUGGCUCUGCAGGUUGCCAUUCUCUUCUAUGGUGGUCACCUGGUUAUUUCGGGUCAGAUGAGUGGGGGCACCCUUAUCUCCUUUGUUAUCUACGAGCUGGAGCUGGGGGAGUGCUUGGAGAGCAUAGCAUCUGUAUACACAGGGCUUAUGCAGGGAGUGGGUGCAGCUGAGAAGGUCUUCGAGUACAUUGACCGGAAACCCACAAUGCCACACGAUGGGCAGGAUGCCCCAGACACAUGCAAGGGCCUGGUUGAGUUCAAGAAUGUGACAUUCGCUUACCCCACACGUCCGGACACAGAGAUACUAAAGAGUGUGUCCUUUGUGGUGCGACCUGGAGAGGUGACUGCUCUGGUGGGCCCUUCAGGAAGUGGAAAGAGCUCCUGUGUGUGCCUGCUGGAGAACUUCUACACGCCACAGCAGGGGCAGGUGCUGCUUGAUGGGCGGCCCGUGCAAGCCUACCAGCACUCCUACCUUCACUCCAAGAUUGCUCUGGUGGGUCAGGAGCCUAUUCUGUUUGCACGCUCAGUUGUCAAGAACAUUACCUACGGCCUGAAAGAUGCCCCCAUGGAGGCAGUGGUACAGGCUGCCACGAAGGCUAACGCGCAUGACUUCGUCACCCGCCUUGCCAGAGGCUAUGACACAGGGGUCGGUGAGAAGGGGACUCAGCUGUCAGGGGGACAGAAACAGAGAGUAGCCAUUGCCCGUGCCCUCAUCCGAAACCCUCACGUGCUCAUCCUGGACGAAGCCACCAGUGCCCUGGAUGCUGAGAGUGAACACAUUGUUCAGCAGGCCUUGAAUGAUAUCAUGCGGGAUCACACAGUGCUGAUAAUUGCCCACCGCCUGAGUACCGUGGAGAGGGCCAACAACAUCAUUGUGAUUGACCGCGGCCAUGUGGUGGAGCAGGGGCCUCACAAGGAGCUCAUGGCCAGGGGGGGUCUCUACUAUAAGCUGGUGCAGAGGCAGGUCCUAGGCAUAGAGACUGGGGCUGAUGUGCUAAACCCCUCAAAGGAACCUGUCUGGCACCCGGAGAGGUGCAAGGUGCAGUCUAGACGGGACAGCAGUGAGUCAGAGGGCACCCCGCAAUAUUGAAAUAAAUUUGGGUCCGGAUUCUGGCUCUAAUGGACCGUGAUAUGCUAAGAUGUACUCAGAUAAGGCCUUAGCUUUUUGAA